AUGCGUACCACUGCACUCACUGUCGGUCUUGCGGCCUGCGCCAAUCUGGUGUCUGCUAUGGCUUUCACGGCUCCUACCCAAUGCUUAACAAUGAAAGACGCCGCUGAAAAACUGGACAUUAGCCGUUGGAUUGAUCUGUGGAUGGAAACUACCUGCAAACGCUGUCAGUCGCCCAAGCUGUCUGAUUAUCCAACUUCUUUGCGGGAGGGGUUCGUCGUCCCCUUUAUGAAGACAAGCUCUGAAAAGAUGGAAACUCCUCACCUUUCCUCCGAUUAUGUUACACUCAUUGACAGCCUCUUGGACAUGGCCAAAACGGACUGCAAUGCAAAGGACUCGGACGACUUAUGCGAUAAUCCUGAUCAAUUCAAGUCGGUAGCCAAAUGUGUCCAAAGCAAGGCCUGGAAGUCUAUUCUGCGUAACCCCGGCGCUUUCCUAAACAUCCUGUUGGCAGACCCAUGCGGUAAACAAAUGAAGUUCAUUACAGACUCGGACUCUCUUGACAGCGCCAUUCGCUCCCAUUUGACCGAAUACGAGAAAACCUGCCCAAAGAUUAGCGAAUCGCUCGACGCGUGA